AUGAGAACUCCCAAGCCUUGGACACCAGAGGAGGAUGAGAUACUUAGAAAUGAAGUGGCGCGCGAAGACCCAACACAGAUCAACUGGCUCCAAGUAGCAACCAGAUUAUCCGCACGUAACAACAAAGAUUGCCGGAAACGAUGGGUUUAUACCUUGGCCCCUACAGUGAAAAAGGGGGCUUGGGAUGAACAAGAAGACAACGCUUUGCGUGAAGGUACCCGAAUAUACGGUACGAAAUGGUCAGAGGUGGCACGUGUUGUUGGCACAAGACAGCCAGAUCAGUGCUCUCGGAGAUGGCAUGAAGCCAUCAAGCCGAAUAUCAGCCGUCAGAGAUGGUCACUAUACGAGGACGACAUGCUGCCGAAAGCAGUAAAAGCUCAUGGUAGAAAAUGGAUUGAAAUCGUUGAGAGAUAUUUUCCAGAUAGAACUCCUAUAGCGACACGAGGCAGAUACAACCAGUUGGUACGACGAACCGAAGAAGAAGAUCAGAGCUGUUCUUCAGGUCUGGCAUAA